CUCACCAGUGAAUGCGCUGAUGUUUCAGUCUGGAAGCAGAAGGGCAGUCGAGCUGUGUCUCUGCAGUGUUAUAAUAGUCUUGCUGAAGUGGCCAUCAGGUGCAUCUGUGAGCUGCUAGUGGCCUUGCCACACUUCAACUUCCACAACAACAUUAUAGUAAUGAUAGUACCUCUGAUGAACGACCCCAUCAGGAAGGUGUCUGAGAUGUGUUGUGAAGUGGUCAGGAAACUGCUGAAACAGGAUAAAGUGGGUCAGGCUUCACUGGCAGCGGUGAAAGUUAUCUCAGGCGUGGUCAAGAGCAGGAACUAUGACGUGAAACCAGAGGAUUUAACAGAUCGUGAGAGUCUCCAUUGCAUUCUCACAUCCUUCCACAUCCUCUCAGGACAAGGUGACGUCCUCAACAUCGACCCUUUGAAAUUCUAUAGCCACUUGUACAAAACGCUGCUGACUAUGCAUGCAGGAGGUGCAAAUGAAGACAUUGCCAUCGUGCUGCAGUGCUUGGCCGUGAUGCUGACCAAGCGCAGGGAGCAGGUCACCCUGCAGAGGGCGCAGGCCUUCGUUAAAAGACUGAGCAUGCUCAGUCUGCACGUGCUGCCUGACUCUUGCAUGGGCAUCCUGGCAGCCAAUAGGACACUGAUGCAUGGUACGCAAAGCACUGCAAACCUCUUAUAAUAAUACAGAAGAGAAAGAGAACACAGCCCCAUCACCAUCAAUGGAGCAUCAGUGGAGAGAGUCAACAGCUUCAAGUUCCUCGGUGUCCACAUCACUGAGGAACUCACAUGGUCUGUCCACAUUGAGGCCAUUGUGAAGAAGGCUCAUCAGUGCCUCAUCUUCCUGAGAUGGCUGAGGAAGUUUGGAAUGAACCCCCACAUCCUCACACGGUUCUACACCAGCACUGUAGAGAGCAUCCUGACUGGCUGCAUCUCCGCCUGGUAAGGCAAUAGCACUGCCCACAACCACAAAGCCCUGCAAAGGGUGGUGCGAACUGCCAGACACAUCAUCGGAGGUGAGCUUCCCUCCCUCCAGGACAUAUAUAUCAGGCGGUGUGUGAAAAAAGCUCGGAGGAUCAUCAGAGACUCCAGCCACCCGAGCCAUGGGCUGUUCUCACUGCUACCAUCAGGCAGGCGGUAUCACAGCAUCAGGACCUGCACCAGUUGAAUUCAUGACAGCUUCUUCCCCCAAGCAUUCAGAGCAUCCAAGCAUCUUUUGAACUCUUGAUCUCUCACGAUCAAUAUACAUCAGCACUGCACUUGAUUAAUCUUAUUAUCUCACACUGGUCUGUCAUAAUUGUAUUCUCUCUUAACAACACACUGGCAACUAACUAUCAACCGACAGCUUGAAUGUCAAUACAGAACAAUACAACCUACUGUACAUUUUAUAUACACUACAUAUACUAUUUUUUUAUUGUAUAAUGUGUAUUCUGUAUUGUGUAUAUUGUAUACUGUACAUUCUAUGUUGUUAUUUGUAUAUUGUGUUGUGUGUAAUUAUGUGUAUAUUUGAUUUUAAAUUGUGUUGUGUAAAUCUGAAGUUUAUUGUAAAUUGGUAUAUGUCUCAUCACUGUCACGACUGCUAUGUUGCUCGGAACUGCACCCAAGAAUUUCACACACUAUUGCACUUGUGUAUAUGGCUGUGUGACAGUAAAAGUGAUUUGAUUUGACAUUGGCUUAACUUACCCAAAGAGAUGCACUAAAGUGCAGUAACCCAUACCAGUUGCGAGAAACCACAACGCGAUAAAGUAUUGAAUGUCACACGAAUACGGGACGCUUGAGCAUUUUGAGCGUUUCAUCACAGGACGUGGGUCCUCGUCUCACUGUCCAACCUUUUUAUGCUUUAAUAUGGGACACAAAUGGGAUGUUUCGCUCUCUGCUAAAGUACAGGACCCCAAGAUAAAAGGCGUCCCAUAAGGGAUAUCGUAAUUUCGGCCAAAAUACAGGACGUCCCCUGUAAAAUGGGCAGCAGCAACACUAGCAGCAACAAAAUUUGCAUAUUUGUCUGUGAAGAAAGUUCAUAGUUGGAUACUGCCCUCAUGAAAAGCAUAAUCAAUGGUAAAAUAUCGUUCACUAAAAUCUCAUGCAUGGCGAAUAUGCGCAAGUUUGUUGCAUUACUAUGACAACUAAUGUGGACAUGAUAGCAUAAGUGACUGUAUUCUGAACAGAAAAAAUCUGAUCUGGCCACAUAUAACUUGCAGUUUGAACAGUCACUAAAAAAAAUGGAUUUUAGGAAAAAUCUAAUUUUUACUGCAGUGUGAACAAAGCCAUAUAUUUUCACUACUUACAUCUUACACGGUACUGACUGCUGAACUAACUUGCUUUGCAUCUAGCCACACGCUGCUCCUCUCGAAACAUGAGUCCCGCCUUCUUUGAUUUGAUUGGUCAUCUCAA